AUGGAAACCAAAGUAGCAGUUGUUACAGGUAGUAAUAAAGGAAUAGGAUUUGAAAUCGUAAAAGGAUUAUGUAAAAAGUUAAGUGGUACGGUAUAUCUCACUGCUAGAAAUGAAGAAAGAGGGCGGCAGGCUGUAGAAAAACUAGAAAAGUUAGGCCUUAAACCUUUAUUUCACACAUUAGACGUAACAAGCGAGUCGAGCAUACAAGAGUUUGCUAAUUUUAUAGCAUCACGUCAUUCCGGGAUUGAUAUUCUCGUAAAUAAUGCCGGUGUUUUAGAUUUUGAUAAAUGUGUCACGUCCUAUGAAGAUGCCAAGAAGCUCAUGGAUACAAAUUUCUACAGUCUUCUUACAAUUUCUAGAAUACUUUAUCCCCUUUUAUCUAACAAUGCACGAAUCAUAAAUUUGACCAGUGACUGGGGUUUGCUGUCAAACAUAAGAAAGCAGAAUUGGCUUGAUAUUCUCAUAAAAGAUGACCUAACAACUGAUGAGAUAUUGCAGUUUGUAGAUGAUUUUUUGCUGGCUGCUAAGAAUGGUAAACAGUCAUAUAUGUCAUUUGCGGGCCAUUAUGGCGAUUAUAAAGUUUCAAAAGUAGCCAUGUCAGCUCUUACUUUUGUUCAGCAGAGACAGUUCAUUGAACAAGGUAAAGACAUAUCUAUAAAUUGUGUUCAUCCAGGUUUCGUUAAAUCUGAUAUGUCAAAAGGAAUGGGUGAUUUUACUCCAGAACGAGGAGCCAAGGCUCCUCUUUAUUUAGCUUUGGAAGCACCUCAAUCUCUUAAAGGCACAUUUUUAUGGCACGACUGUCAUAAAGUGAACUGGGACGAU